CUAGUGUACACAACCACUCAACCUGAUGACGUCUUCCGAGGUGCUGUCUGUGCUGAAUCUUCUGUUGGCGAUCUUCUGGUAGCAAACAGGGUUAUGUUUGCUACCAGCAGAUCUCCGACAAAAUACUCAGCGCAACAGCACGCUCGACUGGGAUGGCAUUAUGACAAGUCAGCUCAAUGAAUGCACGCUCUACCGUCAUCCUCCCCCUCACCUCUCAAGGAUACACAUACACACGCACGACAUGUAGCCGCCACCGAACAGCCCCACGGACGGAGAGGAACGACUCUUUCCGAUCAGUCGAUACGUACAGACAGACACAAAGCGAUGGAGGGAGGGAGGAAAGAAAGAAAGAGAAAGAGAAAGAAAGAAAGAGGCGAGGCUAGCUGCAUACAGACAGACAAGUGCCUGCUGCCGCUGCCGCGCAUGGCUCGGCAGCCAUAUGUCUUAGCCAGGCACCGACACACAGAUACACAGCAGCCAUUGGUGCACAAGGGGUCUCAGGUCAGCACUACACACACAGCAUAGGCAGCGGACGGACAGGUCAUAUCGGACAUCAAUGUCAGUACAUCCAAGUGUGAACCAUACACACACACACACACACACGCAUCCAGCCAUCGACUAGAUAAAACCGCUCACCCACACCACAAAGGCACGACAGGAGAGAAAGCUGAAAAGGGGCUUUGCCCCGCAUGAACACAUCAGUCCACAGCGUCGUUUGCCUCCAUCGAUGUAUGACACACACCCUGCCCGAGACGCACGAGCUAGCAAGGUGUAUCGCCUUGCCGGCCCAGACCCCUCGGACAUCGAUGUGAUACACCGAUGGCAACGUGGGAGCGACAAAGGUAUGCAUAAGGUCGCCUGGCUUUCGUCGAUCAAUCAGCCGCACUCAGACAGUAAGACAGACCUUGAGGAGCCAUCCAUCCAUCCAUCACACAUUGGCAGACAGAGAGAGACACACACAGGGGUCAUGCACGUGGCAAAGAGCAGCCACCAGACCAGCAGCUGAGCAGCCGCUUACAUUACACACUGUACAGAUGUGAUAUGUAGGUAGGUAGUACACACACACGACCAACGUACGCACAAAAUGGCAUUCCGCCACACGUCCUACAGGCAACCCACCCCUCCCUCCCUCUCUCCUUCCCUCCCUCUCUCCCUCUCUCCCUCUGUACUAUCUACCGCUCUACAAUGAACACCUCGACAUCUCGCGUAGCGAACUCCACUUCUCUCUCCGCCGCUCCGCUCUCCCCCUCCAGCUCCAUCCUGGCCCCCAUUCCCAGCGCCUCCCACACGUGGCCCGUCUGUCCCUUGCCCACCCGCACGCGACACGUGCCCAUCUGGCCGCCCGCAAAUGCCAAAUGAAAGGCGCCAGAGAUGUGGUCGUCCUUGCUGUGCGAGCUCUCCUGGUGGAUGGUGAUUGACCCGCUGCCGAUGCGGCAGGUGAGGUGGUUCUCGAGUGCCAGUGGGAAGACCGGCUCGAGCAGCCCGCCCUCGGUCACCGUGAAGCAGAACUCGCGCGUGAAGGAGGCCAUCCUCGCCAAGCCUGGGGCGGUGGCGAUGAAGGGCUGGUCGACAAAGGCGCCCACCAUGCCCCUCCCCUGCUCUCGCCUGCCGUUGUCUCCCUCUUGGGAUGGUGGUUUGGGUGAGAGGAGGAGCACGAACGGCCCCUUGCCCUGCAUCUUCCUCUCGAGGUCAGGAAACGCCCAUCCGUCUUUUGAAGCCCGGUAGAGGCACUCGAUGGUCUUGAUGGGCGUGUUGAGGGCCUGCGAGAGGUAGGCUGAGAGGGAGGACAGCGCCGUGGCGCCGGUGAGGAGGGCGGACGUGCCGACCAAGUCGGGGAAUGUGCCAUACCUGCACGCAGACACAUGCAGACAGAAGGGGUGGGGUGGGGUGAGGUCAUGUGCGCGUGAAAUUAAGAGAGCUUAGCUUACAUGCCCAGUGCUCUGAAAAGGCCCUCUUUGUCGUCGCCUUUGAGGGACGGCAGGCACACCACUGAGUGCGGCGCCAGCCGCUUCCUCCUGUAGUAGUCCACGGCGCGUGCGAAGUAGUCGGGCGACGCAUUCAGCAGAGUCGGAUUCCACCUGUUUAUAGAGAGAUGGAGAGACGUACGGGUACAGACAGAAAGCCAUAUGGGUGGAUUGGAUGUGUGUGGAGAGACGCACACACUGAGUGUGCGGCUCACUCAGUGACUCACUUGCAGAAGCGGAAGUAGAGGUUUGAAUCUUCUCCACAGACAGAGAGGGUGGACAGGCAGGUGGCCACCGUCACACCCAGGCAGCUGACGCUCCGCACACCCUCCCCCUCGCUCAUCAGGAACAUACCCGCCCUCCGCAGGCGCCUCUCCCACGUCUUCCUCCCCUCCUACCAACACAAAUGCAUGCGCACAUAAACAUACACGCCAAUGCAUUGCACGGAUGUGAUGUGUACGGGUGGGUGCACGAUGCAGCGCACAGCAGCCGACCUUGAGGCUUUCCUCUUCCCUCAUGACGUCUCGCUCCAGCCCCUCGACGGCACUGGCGAUCUCCUGCACGUCGUCCAGGAUGGUCUGCAGCACCGGGGUCACCUCCUUGUCCGACGACAGACGCUGCAGCGCCCGCAUGCACGGUGUGCUCGCCGCCGCUGGAGAGCCGCUGUCGUCACCACCCGUCGGCCGCGACAGCAAGAGGUCGAAGUAGAACACGACAGAUGGGUCUUCCUUCUCGCUCUUGCGUGGCUCGAGCGACAGCAGGUUGUCGUGCUCGUAUGCGACCAGAACGCGCAAGAUGGCGCGGAAGGCCGUCGGGUCUACGUCAAGGAAGAUGGGGUUGGGGGGCGUGCUGCUGCACGCAGAGGGUGAGGUUGGGCUGGAAGGAGGAGAUGUGGGAGCCGCUGGCUGGUAGGGGACGAGCAUGUGGUCGAAUGCUGCAUGACACACAGACAGGGAGAGGGACAUUGAGAGGGAGGGGGAGAAGGAGAAUUGAAGGAACAAUGAAUGCAUGGCUGGCGCGGGUGUGUCAAGUCACAGUGCCCUUCUUGCGUGGAUUGCAUUGCAUACCGCCGGAGAAGAGGUCGCAUAGGAGGGAUUCGCUCACGCACGUGAGGGUGGAGCGGGGAACCUAUACAUAGACAGACAGACAGCCAGAGGCAGGGCGGCAUGGAGGAACGACCUCUGUCUACGUCUGUAUACUCACUCACCGUGAAGCCUUCCCCACCGACAUUGACGACCAAGAUGUCCUUGGGAUCGCCCCGGAUGUCCCGCCACCCACUGGCCCGCACAUACUCAUCGAGUUCCUUCCGCUUCCGCUCAACCAACUCACGACGCCUCUGGAAACACAAUGCACACACAUUCCAUUGUCAAGGGAAGGCAUUCAUUUGCAGCGCGGCCAUGCAUUUCAGCCUCCGUAGUGAUGAUGCUCGGCGUACCUUAAGGUCUCUGACGACGCUCUCCACUUUUCCUGUAAGACUCUGCAGCGGGCAGUCGACGCUGGGAAGGCCAGUGAGUCCCACACGGGACAUCCCGUCCUCCUCCGCCUCUGCACAAUUCAUCUACGCGACAAACCUGCG